AUGUUAAUUUUGGAACGAGUUUUUUAUGCAAUAAAAUUGGAUCAUACAUCGUUGACAACACCACCAUUAAUACUUACGUGGACAAAAUUUUUUAGCCAAUCAUGGGCUCAGCGUAUUAAAAAUGAUACUAAUGAUUGCUCUUAUCAAUGUAUAAUUACUGAUGAUAAAGAACAAUUGUCAGAAGCUGUAGCCGUAUUAUUUCAUAUUCGUGAUUUGGAAACAUUACCAAAACUAAGGAAUUCGAAGCAAUUAUUUGUAUUUGUAUUGCAUGAAUCACCUCUGUAUACGUUUAAUAAUUUGGAUUUUGUGGCAGAAGAUUACUUCAAUAUAACGAUGACUUAUAGACGUGACAGCGAUAUUUACAUACCAUACGGUAUGAUGAAAAAAAUAACCAAUCUUACACCGAAGGAGCAAAUUUGGGAUUGGAAUGAAGUAUUAAAGAUAGCAAGUGGCAAAGUACAACCAAUUUUACAAUUAGUUUCAAAUUGUCAAACUAAAUCAAAACGUGAAUUGUACGUGGAACAACUUCGAACGUAUAUAAAUAUCACGCAGUAUGGACGUUGCAACAAUCAAAGUUGCGAUGAAGAAUGUGAAAUAAAAGAAGCUGCACGACAUCGUUUUUAUUUGGCAUUUGAGAAUAGUAUAUGUCGUGAUUAUAUCACUGAGAAAUUAUUCAAAUGUUUCCUAAGAUUAUUGAUACCAGUGGUGUUGAAAAAAUCAAUUUAUGAGGAUAUUUUACCGCCUGGCUCAUUUAUUGCUGCAGAUGAUUUCACAUCACCACGUGAACUAGCAGAAUAUUUAAACUAUUUGUUAAAUAAUAAUACAGCCUAUUUGAGUUAUUUGAAAUGGACGAAAUAUUAUCAGAAAACAUUUAAUGUAAGCAGUUACUGUGAAUUAUGCAAAUAUCUUCAUAGUGAUAUUUCUAAGCCACGAAUAAUUGCAGAUAUCAAAAAAUGGUGGUUUCAAGGAUGUAUUAAGGAUUAUGCAAUUGACUUAUUGAAAAGAGUUAAAAGUAUCAGUAAUUUUUAA